ACCAGCCGGAUACCCACUCGCCCACCUGGAUAUCCAAAGGAAACGCGUUCUUUGGCUAGACCCGGGAUUAUCCGAUUGGCACAAAUCGCUGCCAACGAUUGUAGUUCAUCCGGCAUCCUCGCCAACGGCAAUGGAGGAAUCGACAAGGUUGACGAACGCGAGAAGUCGUAUUUCCCGGACGCACAACCGGCGUUCGGAAUUCGUCGACGAGUGCAGCACGGACAGCGGAUGCAGCAGCGGCGGGAGCAUCGGAAGUGGUGAGCGUCUUUGCGGCGGCGGAAGAUCACCGCGGAAUCACUGUUACCUGGACCGGCUUUGCGGCCAUUCCGCAACAUCCUGCUCGCGAGAGCGGUUGCCCCGCGGUUUCCGGAGUUCAGACCGGAACAGACAUGGCGGUAAAUCAUCGAGAUCCUGGAGCCCGAGUGACGGACGGAUUUCCGGUGACCGCGACCAGUCGCCACUGCACUCCCCGAGUUCCUCCGACGCUCACAGCAGCGACAGCGACUCGACGACGAAGAGGUCCUCGACUACCGACACCCUCCGCAGGGCCUUCCAGAUCCUUAAGAUAUCGCGGCGUGAAACGGAGGAAAAAAAACACGCGAAAAAGUCACCAAAGAGCAUACUGAGGAGCCCAGUUUCCUACACCUACGUACGGGGCCUUUCCGGACUCCCGACUCAUCGUGUGCCCAGAAAUUCAACGCCCAAGACAACACUGCCGUGCGUAUGUCAAGAGAUCAUCGGAUUGCACCGAUAGAAGAAACUUUGGUAGAAAUUAGGAAAAUUUUAGAUUUAAUACGCAGGCAUCAGUGGCUUUGAAAAUGAGAUUCUUUCCAAUCCGGUACGUCGUGUACAUAAUACAUACGUGUAUGUGCAUCACUAGAGUAACGAAAUUCUGAGUAUAAUAAGGACUAUUUUAUUACUUCGUCGAAAAGUAAAUUAGGGGAAAAAAACAAUAAAUAUCAAGAGUAAAAGAA